AAGUCUUGACUAGAGUUUGCUCCUUGCCAGGAAAUCUGCGGCGGCGGUGGCGGCGCCAGGUCCCGGCGGAGCGGAGGCCAGCUGGCCCCCGCGCUCCCUCAGCGGGGCCGCGGAAGCGGAGCCGACGCUCGGCUGAGGCGCGGGAGCCGGGCUCACCCGCAUACUGUGACGUAGCCCUGUUGAGUUCAUCCCAGUAGAUCAAUAUUAUUUACUUGGAUAGAUUUGAUUCCCAUCUCCUCACCCCUUUAGACAACGGACUUUCAUCUUUAGUGAGAGCUCAUAUCUGAACAGCACAUAUUACGUGCCUGUUUGUUCUGUGUAUCACCCCUCUGAGAUCGGCACCGUCACUCACCUCAUUUUACUUGUGAGCAGGAAACAGCCACAGAGAAGUCCAGUCAGGCCACAGGGCUGUUUAGAAAACCAAGCCUGGGUUUUAAAGGACAGCAUCACUGACUUGUAAAGGAAACCAAACCUUUGGUGGAAGUCCAGCAUAUGAAGACACAGAAAUUGCUGCAGUUGAUUCACAAUGGGAACCACAAGUGACGAGAUGGGGUCUGUGGAACAGACCUCAUCCUCCUCCUUCAACCCUUUGUGUUUCGAAUGUGGCCAGCAGCACUGGACGCGGGAAAACCACCUGUACAAUUACCAGGAUGAAGUGGAUGACGACCUGGUCUGCCAUAUCUGCCUUCAGCCUCUGCUGCAGCCGCUGGACACUCCCUGUGGACAUACCUUCUGCUGCAAGUGCCUCAGAAACUUCCUACAGGAGAAGGAUUUCUGUCCGCUGGACCGGAAGAAACUCCACUUUAAGUCGUGUAAGAAGUCUAGCAUUCUGGUUCAUAAACUCCUGGACAAAUUGUUGAUUUCAUGUCCGUUUUCUUCAGUGUGCCAUGAUGUGAUGCAGCGCUGUGACCUGGAAGGCCAUCUUAAGAACAGAUGCCCUGGAGCUUCUCAUCGGAGAGCUGCCCUAGAGAAACGAAAAACUAGUAAGACUCAGAUGGAGAUCGAGAAUGAAAAUGGAACCACUGUCAUAGACCUUCCAGCUGCUUUAUCACCCGAAACGGACUGCUCAGGGCGGACCCUGACAUCGGCAUCCCUUCCCUCCUGGACUGAGGAGCCCGGCCUGGACAAUCCCGCCUUUGAGGAGAGCCCGGCUGGGGACACCACACCACAACCACUUAGCUUACCAGAAGGUGAAAUCACCACCAUCGAAAUCCACCGGUCUAAUCCUUUUAUUCGGCUAGGAAUUAGUAUUGUGGGUGGCAACGAAACGCCACUGAUUAACAUUGUCAUCCAGGAAGUCUACCGAGAUGGGGUGAUCGCCAAAGACGGACGCCUCCUUGCUGGGGACCAGAUUCUUCAGGUCAACAACUACAACAUCAGCAGUGUGUCACACAACUAUGCCCGGGCCGUGCUGUCGCAGCCCUGCAGCACUCUGCAGCUCACCGUGCUUCGCGAGAGGCGCUUCGGAAGCCGUGCGCACGGCCACCCCGAGGGCGGCUCGCCCCGGGAGGAGGUCUUCCCGGUGGUGCUGCACAAGCGGGACUCUGCUGAGCAGCUAGGCAUCAAACUCGUGCGCAGAACCGACGAGCCGGGCGUCUUCAUCCUUGACCUGUUGGAAGGCGGGCUGGCGGCCCAGGACGGCCGGCUGAGCAGCAACGACCGGGUGCUAGCUAUCAAUGGCCACGACCUGAAGCACGGGACACCUGAGCUGGCUGCCCAGAUCAUCCAGGCCAGCGGGGAGAGGGUGAGUUUAACAAUUGCCAGACCAGGGAAACCGCAGCCUGGAAGCACCGUCCGAGAGGCAGGAACUCAGAGCAGCAGCCAGCACCACACACAGACGCUGCCUUACAAUAGACCCAGCUCGCAUAAGGAUCUUGCCCAGUGUGUAACAUGCCAAGAAAAACACAUUACUAUAAAGAAAGAACCACAUGAGUCCCUUGGGAUGACAGUAGCUGGAGGCCGAGGAAGUAAGAGUGGGGAACUGCCCAUCUUUGUGACCAGUGUGCCACCUCAUGGCUGCCUUGCACGUGAUGGCAGAAUCAAGAGAGGUGACAUCUUGUUGAACAUCAAUGGCAUUGAUUUGACCAAUUUAAGCCACAGUGAGGCUGUGGCGAUGCUGAAAGCCAGUGCCACAUCCCCCACAGUGGCCCUGAAAGCGCUGGAGGUGCAGGUGGUGGAGGAGGCUGCCCAGGGCCUGGACGAGCCACUCAGCGCCGUCAGCGAGAACGAGUACGACGCUAGCUGGUCCCCAUCGUGGGUCAUGUGGCUCGGGCUGCCCAGUGCCCUUCAUAGCUGCCAUGACAUAGUCUUACGAAGAAGCUACUUGGGAAGCUGGGGCUUUAGUAUUGUCGGCGGAUACGAAGAGAACCACACCAAUCAGCCUUUUUUCAUCAAAACCAUCGUCCUGGGGACCCCUGCUUAUUACGAUGGAAGAUUAAAAUGUGGAGACAUGAUCGUGGCUGUGAACGGCCUGUCGACCGUGGGCAUGAGCCACUCGGCGCUGGUCCCCAUGCUGAAGGAGCAGAGAAACAAAGUCACGCUGACCGUCAUCUGUUGGCCUGGCAGCCUGGUGUAGAUUUUGAAUUUGGUGUUAAGUCGAACAGCUUCCUUUUUUUUUAGGUCUUGGAAAGAGACCCAUUUGGUUUUGUUAAGUUUCUGUUAGGGCCUGCUGACGCAGCUGGGACACACAGGGCCAAACCCACUAGGCUUGUCCUUUUGUUAUUAAUAUUUAAAUGCCUCCUCCCCCGAGUUUGUCACAUUUCUCUCAGCUCAGAACCCGUCUUCCCCUAACCCUCGUGGGGUCACAUUUUCAGAAUCCAGGUUCUCAGUUGUCAGAAUGUGAGCUGUCAUAAAGAAUGAAGUCUGCCCAAACCGUGAGCCAGCUGGCUGCAUCAGGUGGCUUCCAGUAGCUCUGUUUUCAGUCACUGAGUCAUAAAAUGAGUUUCAUGUGCCCGAGACAGGCCAAGUGGGCUGUCACUUGGGUGGCCAGUGCCAUGAGUGGCCGCCUGCUCAGUGUGGAAAAGCCGCUCCCCAUUUUCAUCUGUGCCAACAUUUCAAACUAUACUGUUUAAAAGGUCAUUUUUCUGGCUUAUUUUGUAUCUACUUUCAUCUCAGUACUCAUAGAUGAAGACAUAAGUCUGAGACCACUAAAGGCAUUUUUUUUUAAAUAAUGUACCAUUAUUAGAAUACUGCAGAAUAAAAGAUAAUAUUAUCCAAUGAAAAAAGAAUUUGGGAGGUAAUUAUAGUUUAGUGCUAGAGAUGGUAAAAGCUGCAUUUACUUGACAGUCUAAAAGAUUUCAUUUCCAAAGGAAUGUUUUGUUAUGUAGGAAAAUUUUGAAGCAGUUUUUGCUAAAAAUCAUUUUCUAGAGUUUGUAUUAUACUUCUAUCAGCAAACUUGGCUGGGAAUGUUUUUGUGAUUUAUGCAAUUAGAUGAUAAAAAUAAAGGCAUAUUGCUAUUAAAUGCACACUCAUAUAUCACAGCUAAGUAGAAGAUAGGCCUUUUAAAUUUUAUUCUCUUGAGUGUUUUAGAAGCCCUUAUUUUCCCCCAUUAUUGCUUUACUUAUGUUAUACACUUACUUGUUUCAGGAAAAAGUCUGAAAGAUAUUAAUGUCUGAAACCACCUACUCCAGAUUUUAAAAAAAAACUUUUCAGUCAGUCCUUGAUCACUAGACUGUCUCAUGUUUUUUGACAUGUUUUUGAAAACUGACCAGCCCAUUUUGUUUAUCCUUUAAUCAUCACAGUUGUCCCCUGGAAGAACACAUGGAGUGAAUAAGAGGAAAGUCUCUACCUUAUGGAUAUUAUGCAUACUUGAAAAGUUUCAUUUAUAAACCUAGUUCAGAAUCUGAGCUAAUUUACAAGUGCCCUCUGUAAUAAACGGUGUUAAUGAUCAGAGAAUGUAUUUUAGAACACUACAGUAUAUUGUGAAGCAUGACCAUGUUACUUUAAAACCUAGCCAUCGCAUCGUUUCUGUAGCGUGUCACAGAUUAUUCCAGUUAGUUUUUAAAUUGUUUUUUUAAACAUAUCUCUUUACUAAACAAGAAAUGGCAACAAUGACUGUUACGACACUCUAAGGGCAAUAGGGAACCAAGACAGAUGGAAGGCCCCUGCGGCCGGUCACUGUCCUAUGGUGACUGGCUUCUGAAGCAGUCUGGUAUUGCUGCUGGUUACUCUAAUUGACAUGGAACAAGUUUUUUGGGUUUUUUUUCCCCUGUUCCCCAAACAGAAUUUUGUAGCCCGUUUUGCUAUUUUUUAAAACAUUUUAAAAGAAUGUGUCAUCCUUGGCGAGUGGCAGUCCAUCAGCAAACAUCCUGACUACCACUUUGUUAUAAGUAAAAGGCUUACAGCGGACCCAGGGGUCAAAUGAGUAUUUUGAAAGGCGACUUUUUUCCAAUAUUAUUUUACUGUGGAAAUCUUGAAGUCAACUUAAGCUAAUUUGAUUUUACUAUGAAAGACCAGAGCUUUUGGUCAGAAUGAUGUUUGGUGAUGGAUACUUGUUCAUAAUUUAUUGUUACUGAAAAAAAAUACUCGAAUUCCCUCAUCUCAAGCUUCAGUUAAAUGUGUUGAUUUGUUCUGUGCCUUCAGUUUACAUUACUUCAGGAUUUUUCAAAUGUGUUUAAAUAAUAAUGUGAUAAUCAUUUAGGAUGGAAAUAAAAAUCAUCCUUUCCA